GUCCUUCUAGGGGAUGGGAGCGAGCCGCUACCGUGGGGAAUGGUGUUGUUAAGAUGGCGGCGCUGCAGGAGGAACGGAGUUACGGGCUGUCCUGCGGGAGGGUCGGAGGAAGGGUGUCCGUCUUCCACGUGAAGCUCACCGACAGCGCCCUACGGGCCUUUGAAAGCUACCAGAAGAGCCAGGACUCCAAAAGUUUAAAGCCAUCUAUUCGAUUUCAAGGUAGCAAAGGGCAAAUUGCCAUCCCGCGACCAGACUGCCCUACGGAAGUGCGAACUUUCACGUUCUAUCUAUCAAACGUUGGCAGGGAUAGUCCUCAAGGGAGCUUUGAUUGCAUCCAACAGUAUGUUCAGAGCAAUGGAAAUGUAAAGCUUGACUGUCUGGGCAGCAUCCAGGAUAAAAUCACAGUGUGCGCUACAGACGAUUCCUAUCAGAAGGCACGACAGAGCAUGGCCCAAGCCGAGGAGGAGAACAAAAGUAGAAGUGCCAUAGUCAUAAAAAUGGGUGGUCGGUAUGGAGGCAAAAAGGUUCAAGUCCGAAAACCUGCCCCAGGGGUUCCAGAUGCUUUCUUAUCUCGAAAGAAGCCAACACCAGUCAACAUGGCCAGCGCAAUAAAGAAAAGCACCAACGUUGUAACUCAGCGACCCUUCAAAGAUAGGGUCAUGCACUUAUUGGCUCUCAAACCAUACAAGAAGCCCGAACUUAUUCUGCGCCUGCAGAAGGAUGGUCUGUCUGUGCAGGAUAAGGAUUCCCUGGAUAGCAUCCUGCAACAGGUAGCGAUUCUGAGUGCCAAAGACUGCACUUGCACCUUGAAAGACUGUCUGUAUAAGGAGGUGCAGAAGGACUGGCCUGGUUACUCUGAAGGAGACCAGCAGCUGCUGAAAAGGAUUCUUGUCCGGAAGCUCUGCCAACCACCGAAUCCUGGAUCAGGUGGAGACAGUGCGCCUCUGAGUCCCCCCAAAGACAAUGUGAAUUCCGCUACUCCCUUUCCUCAGAAACGACCUCAACAAAAUCCAGAAUUCAUCGACCCUUUAGCCAACAAGAAGCCACGUAUUUCCCACUUUGCACACAAAUCACAGGCUACCUUCAAUGGAAAGCUAAAUUCUUCCAAUGGAAAGGAUUCACCAGCUCCCCCAGUGUUGCCUCCAAGUGUGGAUCCCGUCAGUUCAAGUUCCCACUUACCGCCACCCCAUGAACCUCUGUCAGAUUCCAGCACUGACACACAACAGAAAGACUGUGAGGGUCAAGAAGUCUCUGAGAGGCUAGGACACCCUCUAAAGACAGACUGCCCCAGCAAGGCCAAACAGAACUGUAACCCAGCACGUACAAAGCCCAAAAAGAAAUCGCGAAAGCACAAGGAGCGAGAUCGAACCAAGGAGAAGGGCACUGAUGAAAAACAAAACUGUCGCUUGGGCAAAAGCUCCAGCUUACUCACUGGCUCUCCUGAAGUGGUGCUUGAUUUAAAUGGGGCAUGCAGUAAUUCCAGUAUUCCAACAUCUACAUCUGAGAUGCCAGAUUAUAUCCUGAAAUAUGCAGCGAUCUCAUCGCUGGAACAGCGGCAGAUUUACAAAAAUGACUUCAACGAAGAAUAUAAUGAAUACAGAGACUUACAUGCAAGGAUAGAGAGGAUAACCAGCAGAUUUACACAGCUCGACGCCCAGCUGAAACAGCUGAGUCCGGGUACUGAGGAGUACAAGACCAUCCACGAUCAAAUCUUACAAGAGUACCGUAAAAUUAAAAAAUCAAAUCCAAAAUACAGUGAAGAGAAGAACAGAUGUGAAUAUCUCCAUAAUAAACUGGCUCACAUAAAGAAACUGAUUGCACAGUAUGACCAACAGCAGUUUCAGUCUUGGCAUUAAUGCCCACAUCCAGGUAGCAGCAUCUUUGCACCUGGGUAUGUGACUAUUUUUUUGUUCAUUUUUUCCCCUCUGUUCUGAUACCUUUUCUCCUGCCAGCACCAGUGAAAGUAUUUGCCGUAAGGAGCAUUCAGACUUUUGGUUAAAUUUAUGGAAGUCUUUCUUCUGCCAAACCAAGUAGUGGAAUCUGCACUUGGUGUGGGCAUUUUCUCCAUAAAUGCGUUUUAAGUACAAUUUUAAUAUAUAUUUUUAUUUUUUUUGUCCCAUGCCCCUUUCUUUUUCUUCAUCCCUUUUAACAUUUUUGUUGGACUAAUGAGAAAUAUACAAAUGCCAAAAGAAGAUAUGCUAUUUUUAUUUCCUGAAUUAUUGCUGGAAUCCAAUAAUAAACCAAUUAAUACUGUUGAAUGUAUGCU